UUUCUGAAAGCUAACGGGAAGGCGUUCUGGGAGCACAGCAAGCAACAUGGCAACCCAAGCUGACUUGAUGGAGUUGGACAUGGCAAUGGAGCCAGACAGAAAAGCAGCAGUCAGUCACUGGCAGCAGCAGUCUUACCUGGACUCUGGUAUCCAUUCUGGUGCCACAACAACUGCUCCCUCCUUGAGUGGCAAGGGAAAUCCUGAAGAGGAAGAUGUGGACACAACGCAAGUCCUGUAUGAGUGGGAGCAAGGAUUCUCUCAGUCCUUUACCCAGGAACAGGUUGCUGAUAUUGAUGGCCAGUAUGCGAUGACUAGAGCCCAGAGAGUACGUGCGGCUAUGUUUCCUGAAACACUGGAUGAAGGAAUGCAAAUCCCAUCCACACAGUUUGAUGCUGCUCAUCCAACUAACGUGCAACGCCUGGCUGAGCCAUCCCAGAUGUUAAAACAUGCUGUUGUUAAUUUGAUAAACUACCAAGAUGAUGCUGAACUUGCAACUCGUGCAAUCCCCGAACUGACCAAACUGUUGAAUGAUGAGGACCAGGUGGUGGUGAACAAGGCUGCAGUUAUGGUUCAUCAGUUAUCCAAAAAGGAAGCCUCUCGCCAUGCUAUUAUGAGGUCUCCUCAGAUGGUGUCCGCCAUCGUGCGCACCAUGCAGAACACGAACGACGUGGAAACGGCGCGCUGCACUGCGGGAACGCUGCACAACCUUUCACAUCACCGGGAAGGCCUGCUGGCCAUCUUCAAGUCGGGAGGAAUCCCUGCUCUCGUUAAAAUGCUUGGGUCCCCAGUGGACUCUGUGCUGUUCUAUGCCAUCACGACUCUUCACAACCUCCUGCUGCAUCAGGAAGGAGCCAAAAUGGCUGUCCGUCUAGCCGGCGGGCUGCAGAAAAUGGUCGCCUUGCUCAACAAGACAAAUGUGAAAUUCUUGGCCAUCACAACAGACUGUCUUCAGAUUUUAGCCUAUGGCAAUCAAGAAAGUAAGCUGAUUAUUCUGGCAAGUGGUGGACCUCAGGCUCUAGUAAACAUAAUGAGGACCUACACUUACGAGAAGCUAUUGUGGACCACAAGUAGGGUGCUGAAGGUGCUGUCAGUCUGCUCCAGCAACAAGCCUGCUAUUGUUGAGGCUGGUGGGAUGCAAGCUUUGGGACUCCACCUUACAGACCCAAGCCAGCGUCUUGUCCAGAACUGCCUCUGGACUCUGAGAAAUCUGUCAGAUGCUGCAACCAAGCAAGAGGGAAUGGAAGGCCUUCUAGGAACUCUUGUUCAGCUUCUAGGAUCAGAUGAUAUUAACGUUGUAACUUGCGCUGCCGGCAUCCUCUCCAACCUCACUUGCAACAACUACAAGAACAAGAUGAUGGUGUGCCAAGUCGGGGGCAUCGAGGCGCUCGUGCGCACGGUUCUGCGGGCUGGCGACAGGGAGGACAUCACGGAGCCCGCUAUCUGCGCGCUCCGCCACCUCACGAGCAGGCAUCAGGAGGCCGAGAUGGCUCAGAACGCGGUCCGCCUCCACUACGGACUCCCAGUGGUGGUCAAGCUCCUGCACCCGCCCUCACACUGGCCUUUGAUCAAGGCUACGGUGGGUCUGAUCCGCAACCUGGCGCUGUGUCCCGCGAACCAUGCCCCGCUGCGCGAGCAGGGGGCCAUUCCACGGCUCGUGCAGCUGCUGGUCAGAGCACACCAAGACACCCAGCGCCGCACUUCCAUGGGGGGAACACAGCAGCAGUUUGUGGAGGGUGUGCGUAUGGAGGAAAUUGUUGAGGGCUGCACUGGAGCCCUACACAUUCUUGCACGUGAUGUUCACAAUCGAAUCGUAAUCAGGGGUCUCAAUACCAUUCCACUCUUUGUGCAGUUGUUGUACUCUCCCAUUGAGAACAUCCAGAGAGUAGCUGCAGGUGUACUUUGUGAGCUGGCUCAAGACAAGGAAGCAGCUGAAGCGAUUGAAGCUGAAGGAGCAACUGCACCUUUAACAGAACUGCUCCAUUCUAGGAACGAGGGUGUUGCAACAUAUGCAGCCGCGGUGCUGUUCAGAAUGUCUGAGGACAAACCACAGGACUACAAGAAGCGACUCUCUGUUGAACUGACCAGCUCUCUGUUCCGGACUGAGCCCAUGGCUUGGAACGAGACGGCAGACCUCGGACUUGAUAUCGGUGCCCAGGGCGAACCUCUCGGAUACCGCCCAGAUGAUCCUAGCUACCGUUCUUUCCACUCUGGCGGAUACGGUCAGGAUGCCUUGGGUAUGGACCCUAUGAUGGAGCAUGAAAUGGGCGGCCACCACCCUGGUGCUGACUACCCAGUUGAUGGUCUGCCAGAUCUGGGCCAUGCCCAGGACCUUAUGGAUGGGCUGCCUCCAGGUGACAGUAAUCAGUUGGCCUGGUUCGAUACUGACCUGUAAAUCAUCCUUUAGCUGUAUCAUCUGAAUGAACUUGCGUUGAUUGGCCUGUAGAGUUGCUGAGAGGGCUCGAGGGGUGGGCUAGUAUCUCAGAAAGUGCCUGACACACUAACCAAGCUGAGUUUCCUAUGGGAACAAUUGAAGUAAACUUUUUGUUCUGGUCCUUUUUGGUCGAGGAGUAAUAAUACAAAUGGAUUUUGGGAGUGAUUCAAGAAACGAAGAAUGCACAAGAGUGAAUUGCAAGAUGGAAUUUAUCAAACCCUAGCCUUGCUUGUUAAAAAUUUAUUAUUUUUUUUAAAUCUCUGUAAUGGUACUGACCUUGCUUGCUUUGAAAGUAGCCUUUCUUUUCGCAGUAAUUAUUGUUAGUUUUUUUUUUAAAGUCUCUUGUAGUAUUAAGUUAUAGUGAAUAUGCUACAGCAGUUUCUAAUUUUUAAGGAUUGAGUAAAGAUGUAGAACACUAAUUCAUAAUCGCUCUAAUUGUAUCCUGAAUAAAGUGUAACAUUGUGUAGCCUUUUUGUAUAAAAAACUAGACAAAUAGAAAUGGUCCAAUUAGUUUCCUUUUUAAUAUGCUUAAAAUAAGCAGGUGGAUCUAUUUCAUGUUUUUGAUCAAAAACUUUAUCUGGGAUAUGUCUGGGUAGGGGCCAGUAAGAACUGUUUAUUUGGAACCUUGUAUUGGACAGUUUACCAGUUGCCUUUGAUCCCAAAGUUAUUGUAGCCUGCUGUGAUACAGACGCUUCAUGAGAAAAUGCAGUUAUAAAAUGGUUCAAAAUUAAAGUAAACUUUUAAUUCA